AUGCCGAACCUCUGGGGCCGGCGGACUUCCUACAAGGACGAGUGGCCAACGAGGGUCGACGUGGCGUGCGACGAGGAGCCCGAGCAUUGGGCCCAGAUCGCGCGCGAGCUGUGCAUUCUUAACUUCAAAUUGGUGAAGUGUCCAACCUAG